AGACUUGGAGAUGAAAGGUGGUCUUCUUCUAUAAGCCAUCUCUCUCUCUCUAAAAAGCUUCACAAUUCUCACCCAAGAAACUUCUCUCUCUGUCUGUAUAUCUAAAAUCCUCUCUAAAUAUAGAGAAUCUUUUACUUGCUUCUACAGCACUCUGUGUAAAUUGAAUGUCACUUCCUUUCUUUUGACGUGAACUCCUCUUAAUUUUCUAGGGGAAAUUCAUCGACUGGAGCAAGGCCCAAAUCAAUAUUUUCCCCUGGAAAUGGAGAGUUUCUCUGGAAAAGGGAGGCUGGCUAUGAAUCUCUCUCUUUUCACCAACUCAUUUGAGCCAAAAUCUCAAGUUUGGAGCCUUGAUUCCAAGGUUUCAUCAACCACAAAGUCUCCUAGAAACUUUGAAGGAGGCGUUGUUGGUCUUGGCAUAGUUGCAGCCUUGAACGAUUUGGACAACACCCAUGACUCCUUGUCCAGUAAGCCUUGCAAAGCUUCCAUUUUGGCUGCCACAUCUCCUAGAUCAAACCCAAUUCCCAUAGCAAACAGAGCUAAACAUAUGCCUAAAGUUGAAAAAUGUCGGCCCAGUUCAGAGAUGAUGGAGAUGGAGAUGGAGAUGUCUGAGAGCUACACUUGCGUGAUUUCUCAUUGCGGCAACAAUUUGAUCAAGAAACGCGUCUACUUUGAUGAUAAGCCUAAUGGGGUUGUUGAUGAUAUCACCACUGCUGUUCCUAUUUCCAGUACUGAUGCUGCUUAUUGGGUGGCUUCCGAGGCCGCGCCGCCGUUUAAGACUGCGGAUUUUCUGAGUUCCUGCUAUCUUUGCCAGAAGAAGCUUCAUGGGCUAGAUAUUUUUAUGUACAGAGGAGAAAAGGCAUUUUGCAGUGCAGAGUGUAGGAGCAAUCAGAUGGUGAGCGACGAAUACAAAGAGAAAUGCGGGUCUGAAGCGAUGAAAUCCUUUGAUUACUCAGUGUCUCCCUGCUCCGGGCCUAUGCUGUUUUUUGCUGGCGUUGCUGCUGCUUAAAGACCAUAUUCCUAUACUACCUAUAUAAAUAAAUAAAGGAAAGGAAGAUAAAUAAGAAAAAGGAAAGCUAGAGGGAAGAGUAGGGAAUAAGCAUGAGAAACAAGUAAAGAUGAUUGUAGGAGAUUCGGAGAGAGUAAAAAGGAGUGUUAUAAUGUGAAUUUGAACCAAAGGGAGAGAAAGACGUAUCAAGAUUUUCAUAUAUACAACAUUAUUACUACUGCUGCUACUAUCAAUGUUUAUUCAUAUCAAUAUUAAUAUAUUAGUGUUCAUAUAA